UUGUUGUUACUUUUAGUGUUCUUUCUCGAUCGAGCUCAGUCUGCAAGUCCUGCGAAUAUGUGGCUGAUAUUUGAAUUGUUCCUAGUGUGGCUUAAAAUCAUUUACUACUGGGCUGAAGCUGUUUUCCGGGCAGUUGUGCGACCACCGAAAAAAGACAUCGAAGGACAGAUCGUGUUGAUCACAGGUAAGAAUUGAUGCCCCGGGGGACGAAAACAAAAACAAGUUGACGCUAAAGUCACGAAACAGACCGAACGCGAUUUUCGAUCCUUUCCUCAACGGAUAGGCAUAAGGGUGUUUUAAAAUUCUCUUAUCAUAUUAAAUGUUUAACAGGAUUCCCAGACCUUUGUAAUCGGCGUUCUAUAAUACUGCAAUUUAUCGAUCUAGCGCUCGAGUAGCCUCUGUUGUAUUCGGGGGUGGAAAGAAGGGGGUAGGGGAGUAGGGGGAAGGAACAGUACAGGCGGAUCUUUUCAAGUAUAUCAAAGGGUAAAGACUUCAUGAGUUUAUUUAUGUAAAAGGAUAGGAAAUCUGUCAUAAUGGUGUUAAAAAGGGCUUUUACAUAGGGAACCAACACCCUUUUUGUAAACUGCACAUGGAAAUUAGAUGUGAGAUAAAAACUUACCGGUUCUGUUCUUGAAUCUGCAGUUUACAAAUAACUGUGUGGGUUAGCUAUGGCUUUAAGUUAAAAUAUGUAUAACAGACACACCUGAUAUACCUUGGUUGGACCUCAGGUUACAGCGCCCUUGUUAAACUCUGUUGACUACCCCCUAUGCCUGGGGUUCAGUGUAUGGUUGGUUGUUUACAAGUGGAACUUGUAAUCUGCAAUGACUCAGAGACUAACAUAUGUGUUCCAUGUAUAGGAGCUGGCGGUGGAAUCGGUAGAAAGUUGUCUCUUGAGUUUGCUGCUCAUGGUGCUAGGCUUGUCUUGUGGGACAUUAACAAAGGUACAUUUGACAAAUUAUGUGAUGAUUGUUUAAAUUUAAAGUACAUAGAGACAAGAACAAAACCAAAAAUUUAAUCCAAUGUUUCAGUGCCAGUGCUUUGUUUUUAGUUUAUUUAUUUAUAAUUUAUUACUAUUUUAUUAUUAGUUUCCUUGUAUGUGUUUUAACAAGCUAAUUCUAAUUACUGAGAAGAAUUAUUAUUGAUAACAGCAGUACAAUAAUAAUAAUAAUAAUAAUAAUAAUAAGAAGAAGAAGAAGAAGAAGAAGAAGAAGAAUGAUGAUGGUUGUCGGAAGCUGUUGUCAGUAAUAUUUGAUUAUUAUCGCUUUCAAUUAGUGCUACUGAAUCUGUCAAGAGUUAUUAGUGAGACAUGCAAGUUGUAGUUAAUGCAAGCUGAGAAGAGAAUCUCUUGACGUAAUUGAAACAUUCCAGUAUAGGGCAUAUUGACAGGUUUUCUGAUAGAUAAGUGAAACAAUGUAUGUGCGAUAUUAUAUAUCUUUAGAGAACAAAUUUUACUUGAGUGAGAGAGAUUUUUAUGUCGUGUAACCAACCAAUAAAUUAGGAACCGAGGAAAUCGUGUGUUUUUCCAUUUCCAAAAAUGGUGAUGAUGAUGAUGAUGAUGAAGAUGUAGCUCAAGGCCUGUGAAUUUCUUUUCUAUAAUAGACACAAAUGAGGAGACAGCUGCCCAGGUGCGAGCAAUAGGAAAAGUAGCUCACACUUAUGUUUGCGACCUUAGCAGUAAAGACGACAUUUACAGAGUUAGUGCUAAAGUGCAAAGAGAAGUGGGUCCAGUGGAUAUACUGGUGAAUAAUGCUGGGAUCUUGAGUGGAAGAAAGCUUUUAAACUUAAAGGAUGAAGAUAUUGAAAGGACCAUGAAAAUCAACACUUUGGCACACUUUUGGGUAAUUUCAAAAGUUUUUUCAAUACCAAAAUGUUGUUUUAUUACCAGUAAGAUGAACAGUUACUAAUCUAGUGAGUUAUUUUAAUAAAUUAUUAAAAUUAGAAGAAUUUAUUGGUCAAGCGAGCUCUACUUUAGCCUGUAAAUGUAGAUGAUUUCCAGAUAUCAACUCUCCUACCAGAAGUUGGGUUUGCUAGCAUGCCUUACCUAUUACUAACCGGAGUGAAUUAGGAUAGGCCCGUUUGGACACUGACAUGCUUAACUUAUGAUGACUCGGUCUUAACAAUCACAAAUUUAAAUUAAAUUGUUUAUGGUUGUGAUAUGAUGCAUAACAUGCUGUUAUGUUGCAGAUUUAGGUGUUGGGUCAGGGGACCUUGCCCCCUCCCCCUCCCCCCAUUUUAAAGAAUUCUCAGAAAAUUUCAUUUUGUUUGCAGACUAUAAGAUCAUUUCUUCCAAGAAUGCUGGAAAGAAACAAGGGUCACAUUGUAAAUAUUACCUCGCUUGCAGGCAGCUUUCCAACGGCUAAUCUUACUGAUUACUGUGCAUCAAAAUUUGGUGCGACGGGUCUCAAUCAUUCAUUGGCACUAGAGCUUCACCAAAUGGGAAGAGAUGACAUUAAGCUGACCUGUGUUCAGCCAUACACGGUGAAUACAGGAUUAGUAUGGCAUCCAGAGUCACGGUAAGUCAGCAUUCGCAACCUUCUCUUCUUACAGAGGUCAGUUCUGUUCUGCUAAUAAUAUUGUUAUUAAUAUUAUUUUUAUUAAGUCCAUCAUGUGUUCACUGCUUUAAUCCACCUACCCACCCUUCCUAGCACUCUAAAGCCUGCAAAGGUCUGUCCUAACCAAUCCUAGCAAAUAGCAAUUCCAGAAAAUACCAAUACUUCCCCAACAGGGGAGUUUGGACAUUCCAUAGAGACUGAAACACUUAAAAAAUUAAAAUGUAUGUUCAAGAUAAAUUUGAAUUCUCACAAGGGAACAAAUCUCUAUCAUGGGGGUCAACAGGUCAGUUGCUGGAUGGGUGACCCGCCCUGUAAUGUACUAUGUCAUUUGAACCUCCAUGUGCAACCUUCUAACAAAACGCCAAAGAUUUUGUCAGUCAAUGGUUUAAUAAGGAAAUCAACAACUUUGCACGUGUAUCACAUUGUUUUUCUACACUUCAAAAAUUCAAAAGGGUAAGGGGUCAGACUUCGGGGCGGUUCCUCCCCAUAUAAACCUUUGUUGAGUACCCCCCUCCCCCCCCCCCUGCCCCUGCCCCUGGGCAUCAAAUUGUUUUGAAAGUGUACAUAUAGAUUCGUUUUUAAGUUGCAACUUGGUCCCAGCUGGGUGCAAGAAACAAGAACAUCUAUCAAAUUCUUAUCGCGACUGUUCUCUUGUAGUUUUCCAUCUUUGUACCCUACGUUGGAAGUAGAUUACGUUGCCAAAGAGAUUGUUGCUGGAACACUGAGAGAUGAGCCUCUUGUUAUUAUUCCACGGGCUGUGGUUUUGAACUAUGCUUUGGCUGGGUGAGUAUAUAGAACUGAAAGUUGUUCAUCAUGUAUUUUCUUCAAGAUUUUUCUUGCUUGCACUAUUCACAUUUUAACAUUCUAAAUAUAAGCAUCAUGAUACAUUGACAACAACAACGACAACAAAAAAUGUGCAGAAAAUAAUAAAUGAUGACAAACCAGUAUUAAAAGUAACAAGUGCAGAGUUCGGUUAUAACGUACAUCACACUUUGUUGUACAUUUUUUCUUUGAUGUCACUGCUCGACUACGACGUAAAGAUGCCUAAUUUCACAUUAAUGGCGGAAACGAACUUGAACUUGGAUCUGCGGGUUCUUUGGAAUUCAACUCCUGAAGAGUUCGCCUAUUUUGGACAAAGUAGGAGAGUUGGUCACCUAAAGCUGUAACAAAAUGUUUGUCUUGUCAGGAAGGAAAAAUUGUCAAUCUGAUGCAUCACAUUGACUUUUAAUGCCUUUAAGUACUAUGUGACAGUUCAAAAUCAUAGUCACAUUGGCAUUUGAUUUGUUCGGUCAUCGUGUCUAAGCGUACGUAGUCUAAGUACAGGUGGGAUUACGUUGGUUGUGGGAAAAUUUAAGACGGACAUUGACUGACUAAAAUUUGUAGGUUAACAUACCUGUGAUGGAAAUUAGGCUUGUGCUCUAAUGCUCCCACGUGCAUUGCCCUCCUGUUUGAAACUCUCCUAGCUCAUGAACCACUUAACAUUGUGUCAUAAACCUUUCUUGUCACCCUCAAAGGAUACUUUUAUUGUUGACGUACCCCUUCCACUACCACCCCCGGCCACGCCCUCUCCCAAACAGAACCCUUCCAAUACUAUGACGGAUCUUGGCUUAUGUGCUACUUUUGUUUUGCGUUCCAGGCUUAUGCCCAUUAAAGCAGGCUAUGUUUUAUUCGACUUUUUGCGAGUUGGAGUUGGAGAGCACAUUCCAGGAGAAGAGAAGAAGGCGGACUGAUAUUUUCAAAUACAGUAGUGCCCAGUCCCCUUACUUAUACUCGGCUCUGAUUUUGUGUAUGCUGAUAAAAUUCAAGUUUUUCCCACAUUUUUUUUUAGUUAGAAAUAAGAAGUGAUCCGUAAUAGAACAUCACAGAUGUACAUCUGACUUCAAAGCGGAUUUCUUCAUAUAAACCAAAGCGGUUAAUCCAUCCUCGCUAUUGGAGAGCAGACCUCUUUUAAAAAAAAUAAGGAAGUCCUUUUUUAUAUAAUUAAAACAGCAAAAAUUUUCAGGAGUUUCCAUCAAAUGGUUUAUAUAGUUGGACUAGCCUGAUUAUAAUAAACGAAUUAAAUUUUGCUGACUAUGGACUUCAUAGGACCGAUCAAACGCUGAUGCGCACCGUGGUAGAAAUAAUAGGCAGGUUUGACAGCUUAAGCAACGGCAGCAAGAGUUUCGAAGAAGCAAUAGAUAUAAAGAGAAAAAAAAGUUUUCACGUACAGCGCGCUUUUUUAUACAUUCACUUGCAACGUCCCUGCGAGGCGACUACAACUGAAAUUUUCAUUAUGCGACGUUUUAAUAUGUGGGACGAUAUCAAACAAAAAAUAAUUUUUCUUUCUCUUUCUAAACUUGGGUGCGGUCCCAAGAAUUCAUCUACAGGCAAAUUCACACACCUUUGACAUGAAUUUGAGUUGGAAUAUGACGAAUAUACGCGGCACAGUUUGAAAAACAAGCGAGUUUAUUUUUA